AUGGAGUCUGCAGUCCAUGAAGACCUGCAGAUAUCAGGUGUUGCUGGCGGGAGAGACUGGACCUCUGAGGCGGCUGGACACAAACCCUGGCCUCAGAUCAGGACAGUGGAUCAGGAGCUGUCACGCUUCCUUCCCAAGUCGGAACCAGGACCCACCCAUGAAGGAAAGAGACUCCACCACUACACAGAACACAACCAGUGGACAGGGGGACUGAACACCCUCAGUCCUGGUGGUCAUCAGAGAGACAGAGGCUCCAAUCAGGGAUCCAGUCUGCAGCCCAGACCCUUCUCUUCACAGUCUCAGUUCAGGGAUGAAGCAGGACCUGGGGCUGAUAGAGACAUACCCUCCUGUUCCUAUGAUACAAACACCACAGUAUCCAUGAUGAACAAAGCAGGUCACCCUGGGCUUCAGCCUUCACAGAGGGUGGUGGGCGACCCCCCUGGUGGUUGUCUUUCAGGAAGUCUGUCUUCUUCAGGGUCUCGUCUAAUGCCUGGUGACUGGGUUCAUAGAAGUCCUGGACCUGGGUCUAGCCUUCCUCAGUUACCUCAUGGUUACCCCACCAAUACAGACAGGGUAAGGAUGGGCGUUCACCACGAGAUGUACCUUGCUUAUAACACAGCACACAAUCCCAACAACACCCAAACAAUGACAAGAGGUCAAGGAGGGAGCUCAAAGACUAACCACCUGAGAGCGGUGGCUCCUGCUUCUACCUCCUCUGGUGUCAUUGGGAGGCUGAGCUUUAGGACAGACGCAGACAAGCCGUACGCCUGCCCCACGUGUGGGAAGCGCUUUACUGAGGCGACCUAUGUGAAGAAGCACCAGACCGUUCACACCAAGGAGAGGCCCUUCAAGUGUAAACUAUGUCACAAGAGCUUCUCCUUCCUGACUAACCUUACCAGACAUAGGAGUGUCCACAAAGGAGAGAAAUCGUAG